GUGAGUCGAGAGCGAGUGUGUGUCAGUCGCUCGGGCUGGUUGGCUGAAGGGACCCGGCGGGCGCUGCCUUGGGGGCGGGAACCCAGCGGAGCCGCCCGGAGAAGAAACCCGAGGCAGAGAGGGCGCUAGGCGGCAGACGGCCAGGGUGGGACAGGCACCCAUGAGCCGCCUCAGAGGCCGGAGGGAGCGGUGAGGAGAGGAGUUCGGGCGGGCAGGCAGGCAGGCAGGGACACAGCCGGAGCCGUCCGCCGGCCCGCCUGCUCGCUCGCCCGGCUGGCCCAGCACCGCGGCGGCGCACAGCUGCAGGAAGCGUCAUGGACUGGCUCAUGGGGAAAUCUAAGGGGAAACCAAAUGGUAAAAAACCGGCACCAGAAGAAAAGAAACUUUAUCUAGAGCCAGAAUACACGAAGUCCAGAAUUACUGACUUUGAAUUUAAAGAAUUAGUUAUGUUACCACGUGAAAUAGACCUUAAUGAGUGGCUAGCCAGCAACACAACAACCUUUUUUCACCACAUCAAUUUACAGUAUAGUACAAUCUCUGAAUUUUGUACAGGAGAGUCAUGUCAGACCAUGGCAGUGUGCAAUACACAAUACUACUGGUAUGAUGAGCGGGGAAAGAAGAUAAAGUGCACCGCCCCUCAAUAUGUUGAUUUUGUCAUGAGUUCAGUGCAGAAGCUAGUGACAGAUGAAGAUGUCUUUCCUACAAAAUACGGUAAAGAAUUCCCCAACUCCUUUGAGUCCCUAGUGAAGAAGAUCUGCAAAUAUCUGUUCCAUGUGCUAGCCCACAUCUAUUCCUCACACUUCAAGGAAACUUUGGCACUGGAGCUACAUGGACACUUGAACACACUCUACACACACUUCAUCCUAUUCAUCAGGGAGUUCAACCUGGUGGACCCUAAAGAAACCACCAUCAUGGAUGAUCUCACAGAGGUCCUCUGUACCAGCAGUGGAAGCAGCAGCAAUGGGAGCGGCAAUGGCAGUAGUGGCAGCAGUAGUGGCAACAGCGCAGCAGCACAGAACCAUGUGAAGGAGAGAUGAGUCUUCCCAUCAAGAACAAAACUAAUGCUUUUUAUAUUCUCUGUGUGUAUGUGUAUGUAUAUGUGCAUAUGUAUAUAUAUACAGACAUACACAGCCAUGACAGUUUAAGCAAUUAUGCUGCCACCACAGGACAUAUAGACAUGGGACUGUAUGGAGCUUUUGUUAAAUGCAUCAUCCUUGGCGAGAAGUUGCACCAGUUCUGUUUUAUUGUUUCCUGCUCCCCAUUUUCUUUCUCUUCCCUAACAGAUGGAUGAUGAGUGCUGUUUUUAGAGAAGAACCACAUUUUUGAGUUGGGCCACUGCUUUGGUUUUUUUCUGCCCGCUCUCUUCCCCUAUCCUUCUGUUUUGUUUGGUCUUGCGUGCGAGCCCCUUUACUUUCUGUCUAUCCUUCUCUCUGUCUCUCUCUCUAGGUUGGUGGUACUGCUGUUUUUAAGAAGUUAUAAGAAGUGACUUUUACUUAUAAAGUGGCUUGAGCUGCAGAUGUUUUGUUCGGGGGGGGGCUUGGGAUUUGUCUUUUGUUUUUACUUAAAUUGAUCCUCUUUCCCUCCUCUCCCCAGAAUUUUUACAUCUAGCCCUUUAGCGGUUUAUAAUGGGACAAAGAGUGUGUGGCUUAACUACAGUAGCAAUAAGGCUUCCAGCGCACUUAAUGGAUGUGGUUCUCAGUCUACCUGGUCCCAAUAUGUGAACCUUGAAAGAGCAUCCAGAAAUCUAUGUUGCUUAUUGCCUCUAGUUUCUCUGUCUGACCUCCUGGCUCCUCCUUUCUUAGACACAAAUUCAGGAAAAAAACAAAAUGUGUGAGGAUUGGAGUCCAAAAUCAGUGAUAAAAGUGGCAACCAUUUAUUUCGUAUUGAGUAGGAAGGGCUGGAGAUGGAUGGAAAGGGGCAGGCAGUCCAUCACCACCUGUGCUAGAGAGAUGGCUGUUGGCAUAUAAUCAUAUUGUUGCUUCUUUUAGUUCAUCUGUCCAAUAAUAAAAAAAUUCUAUCAGGCAUAA